CGGAACUGGUCGGGCGGCUGGAGGCUUGGCGGAGCUUGCGUGCGAGGAGGAGGAUGCGGCCUCCACUGACAGAUUGAUGUCACAGUUUUUGUGAGCAUUCUUUUCUCUGAAGCACUCACUGGAAACUAGUUGGGCCAAUGAAAAGGGAGUUCACUGAGAUGACCUAGUGAAGGAGGCAGGACAAUGGUGCAGAAAAAGAAGAGCUGUCCUCGGUUACUGGAUUAUCUUGUGAUUAUUGGGGCCAGGCAACCAAGCAGUGAUAGUGUGGCACAGACACCUGAACUACUACGCCGUUACCCCCUAGAAGAUCACACUGAUUUUCCUCUUCCUCCUGAUGUAGUGUUUUUUUGCCAGCCAGAGGGAUGUUUGAGUGUGAGGCAGAAGCGCAUGAGUCUGCGAGAUGAUACUUCCUUUGUUUUCACGCUCACAGACAAAGAUACAGGUGUCACUCGCUAUGGGAUAUGUGUCAAUUUCUACCGGUCCUUCCAGAAACGUGUGCUCAAGGAGAAGGGGGAAAACAGUGGAGGACAUCGUAUCCGAGAUGGGCAGAAAACACUCAAAUCUGGAGAUGUUUCCACUGCCCAAGAAGAGAUGGCUAAUGAGAGUUCAGAGAGUGGUGGUUCUUUGCAGCCACCAAGCACAGAGUCCACCCCAGAUGUGAAUCGGUCACCUCGGAGUAAAUGUCCAGCAAAAGGCACUCACCGCUCUCGUAACAGCACAUUGACCUCACUUUGCAUACUUAGUCAUUAUCCUUUUUUCUCUACCUUCCGUGAAUGUCUAUAUACCUUGAAGAGGCUGGUAGACUGCUGCAGUGAGAGACUCUUGGGAAAGAAGCUGGGGAUACCUCGUGGAGUGCAGAGGGAUACUAUGUGGCGGAUUUUCACAGGCUCUCUUCUAGUGGAGGAGAAAUCCAGUGCAUUGCUACAUGAUUUGCGUGAAAUCGAAGCCUGGAUUUACCGACUGCUUCGCUCACCUGUGCCUGUUGCUGGCCAGAAGCGUGUGGAUGUGGAAGUCUUACCGCAUGAACUGCAGCCUGCCUUGACCUUUGCCCUCCCUGACCCAUCCCGCUUCUCCCUGGUUGAUUUCCCAUUGCAUCUGCCCUUGGAGCUGUUAGGGGUAGAUGCUUGUUUGCAGGUGCUUUCCUGCAUUCUUUUGGAACACAAGGUAGUACUACAAUCCCGAGACUAUAAUGCGCUUUCCAUGUCUGUGAUGGCAUUUGUGUCUAUGAUUUACCCAUUGGAGUAUAUGUUCCCAGUGAUUCCACUUCUUCCCACCUGCAUGGCUUCUGCAGAACAGCUACUUCUGGCCCCAACACCUUAUAUAAUUGGAGUCCCAGCCAGCUUCUUCCUUUACAAACUAGACUUUAAAAUGCCCGAUGAUGUAUGGCUUGUUGAUCUGGACACCAAUAAGGUGAUUGCACCUACAAAUGCAGAAUUGUUGCCUGUUUUACCAGAGCCAGAAGCUUUAGAACUGAAAAAGCACUUGAAGCAGGCUUUGGCCAGCAUGAGUUUGAAUACCCAGCCCAUUCUUAACCUAGAGAAGUUUCAUGAAAGCCAAGAGAUUCCACUGCUUAUGGGAAGACCUCAAAAUGACCUGCAAUCCACACCUUCUACAGAGUUCAACCCCCUAAUUUAUGGCAAUGACGUGGACUCCGUGGAUGUGGCCACUCGGGUUGCCAUGGUGAGAUUCUUCAAUUCUCCAAAUGUUUUACAAGGAUUCCAGAUGCAUACCCGCACACUUCGCCUCUUCCCCCGGCCCGUGGUUGCCUUUCAGGCCAAUUCCUUCUUGGCCUCACGACCAAAGCAGACACCCUUUGCAGAUAAAUUGUCCAAGACACAGGCAGUGGAGUACUUUGGGGAAUGGUCGCUCAACCCAACUAAUUAUGCUUUCCAAAGAAUCCACAACAAUAUGUUUGACCCUGCUCUUAUUGGUGACAAGCCAAAGUGGUAUGCUCACCAACUGCAGCCAAUCCAUUACCGCGUCUAUGACAGUAAUUCUCAGCUAGCUGAAGCAUUGAGUGUCCCAACAGAGAGAGAAACAGAUUCUGAUCCUACUGAUGAUAGUGGUAGCGACAGUGUGGAUUAUGAUGACUCCAGCUCUUCAUACUCAUCCCUUGGUGACUUUGUUAGUGAAAUGAUGAAAUGUGACAUAAAUGGUGAUACUCCAAAUGUGGAUCCAUUAACUCAUGCAGCUUUGGGUGAUGCAAGUGAGGUGGAAUUUGAUGAUUUUCAAGAGUAUUCUGGUGAUAUGGAUGAACAAGCCCCAGACAGUGAGAAUUCUCAAGACAACAACCAACCUCGGUCAAGUUCAAGCACUACAGCCAGUAGUAGCCCCAGCACCGUCAUCCAUGGGGUGAAUCAUGAAUCAGCUGAAUCAGUAGAUAUGGAAGAGAAGAUGGUAGCUGGUUUUUCAAAUCAUCUUUCCAGCCUGCCCUUACAACCAAACUUUCCCAAGAUUAGUGUAGAUCGCCGAGAGAGUGAGAGUUCUGGGAUCAGUUUGAGUACUGUGGAUGGAGUAGUGAAAAAACGAGAGUAUGAUAACCCAUACUUUGAACCACAGUAUGGGUUCCCAACAGAGGAGGAGGAGGAUGAACAAGAAGAAAGUUACACACCAAGGUUCAACCAGAACCUCAAUGGCAAUCGGCCUCAGAAGCUUCUUCGUCCUAACAGCUUAAAGCUAGGCAAUGACUCUGAUGCAGAAUCGGAUUCUCAUGCCAGUUCCCCAAAUUCUACAGUCUCCAACAAUAGCAGUGAAGGUUUUGGUGGCAUUAUGUCUUUUGCUAGUAGCCUAUACAAGAACCACAGCACAAGCUUUAGCCUGUCCAAUUUAGCACUUCCAACCAAAGCUGGGAGAGACAAAAAUACUCCAUUUCCUAGCCUGAAAGUAUUUGGGCUAAAUACUAUAAUGGAGAUUAUUACUGAAGCUGGGCCAGUAAGCAAUGAAGGAAACAGGCGAGCCCUUGUGGACCAGAAAUCUUCAGUUAUAAAGCACAGUCCCACAGUUAAGAGAGAAUCUCCUUCACCACAGGGACGGACUAGUAAUUCCAGCGAGAACCAGCAGUUCUUAAAAGAGGUGGUGCAUAAUGUCCUAGAUGGGCAAGGAGUUGGUUGGCUAAACAUGAAGAGAGUCCGACGGCUGCUGGAGAGUGAGCAACUCCGUGUCUUUGUAUUAAGCAAGCUCAAUCGCACUAUCCAGUCAGAGGAAGAUGCACGACAGGAUGUUGUUCAAGAUGUGGAAAUCAACCGCAAGGUUUAUAAAGGGAUGUUGGACUUGCUGAAGUGUACUGUGUCAAGCCUUGAGCAGUCAUAUGCAAAUGCUGGACUUGGGGGCAUGGCCAGUGUCUUUGGCCUACUGGAGAUAGCUCAUACUCACUAUUAUAACAAAGAACCAGAGAAAAGGAAACGAAGCCCAACAGAUGGAGCAAUCACUCCGGUUGGCAAGGACCUUAUUUUAGCCAUGAGGGUGGAGCCAAAACCCAAGGUGCAACUGCCAGUACCCCAGCUCAUGCCAAGGGCACCAAGUCCUGCAGGGAAAGGGACGAGGGAGUUUGACACAAGGAGUCUAAAGGAGGAAAAUUUUGUAGCUUCUAUUGGGUCAGAAGGUACAAAACAUUUUUUUGAUCUUGGAGAGACAGAGGAGAAAAAAUCACAGAUCAGUGCGGACAGUGGUCUAAGUGUAACCUCCACUUCUCAGAAGAGUGAUCUGGACUCUGUGGCCAGCGUGGGACCUGCUGUUAUGAUCCGAAGUACCAGCCAAGAUUCUGAAGUUAGCACAGUGGUGAGCAACAGUUCUGGAGAGACGCUAGGAGCAGACAGCGACUUAAGCAGUAAUGCUGGUGAUGGCCUUGGUGGAGAGAGUGGAGGAAACUUGGCAGGAUCACGAUGCACUGUAUCAGAUAGUGAAAUUGAAACAAACUCCGCUACUAGUUCUAUCUUUGGUAAAUCUCAUAGUUUGAAGCAAACAAUAAAAGAUAAUAAAUGCAGCAGUCCUGGGAGAGCUCCAGAAGAUUCAAGCCAACGAGUUUAUCUCUAUGAAGGUCUUCUGGGUAAAGAACGUUCAACUCUUUGGGAUCAGAUGCAGUUUUGGGAAGAUGCUUUUCUGGAUGCUGUGAUGUUAGAGAGAGAAGGAAUGGGGAUGGACCAGGGACCUCAAGAAAUGAUUGAUAGGUAUCUUUCUCUCGGGGAACAUGACCGCAAACGUUUAGAAGAUGAUGAAGAUCGCUUAUUGGCUACACUGUUGCACAAUAUGAUAAUCUACAUGCUUAUGAUGAAGGUUAACAGAAAUGAUAUUAGAAAGAAGGUACGUCGAUUGAUGGGGAAAUCUCACAUUGGCCUGGUGUAUAGUCAGCAAAUAAAUGAUGUGCUUGAUAAACUUGCCAAUAUAGUUGGAAGGGAACUCCCACUCCGACCCAGUGGCAGCAGACAUAUCAAGAAGCAAACAUUUGUUGUACAUGCUGGGACAGAUACAACAGGAGAUAUUUUCUUCAUGGAGGUAUGCGAUGAUUGUAUUGUGUUGAGGAGUAACAUUGGCACCGUGUAUGAACGCUGGUGGUAUGAAAAACUCAUCAAUAUGACAUACUGUCCCAAAACUAAAGUGCUGUGUCUCUGGAGGAGAAAUGGCCAAGAGACCCAGCUGAAUAAAUUCUACACCAAAAAGUGCCGGGAACUUUAUUAUUGUGUAAAAGAUAGCAUGGAGCGGGCAGCAGCAAGACAGCAAAGCACAAAACCAGGCCCUGAAUUGGGUGGAGAAUUCCCAGUGCAGGAUAUGAAGACUGGUGAAGGAGGACUACUCCAAGUCACACUGGAAGGAAUUAACUUGAAAUUCAUGCACAGUCAGGUUUUCAUAGAGCUGAAUCACAUUAAAAAGUGCAAUACAGUGCGAGGAGUCUUUGUCCUGGAAGAAUUUGUUCCUGAAACUAAAGAAGUGGUGAGCCACAAGUACAAGACGCCAAUGGCUCAUGAGAUCUGCUACUCCGUAUUAUGUCUCUUCUCUUAUGUGGCUGCAGUUCGUGGGAAAGAGGCAGAAAGCAAAAGUAAACCUCCUCGUCCAGUAUCCAGCUGAUCCUCCUCAACACUGGGAAAUACUGCCCUUUCGAUUGAUGCUACUGAAACUCAUGUAACCAUCUCCAAUGAAAACUUGAUUUAUUUAUUUAUUACUCUGCAAGUCCCCUUAGAAGACUUCAGCUCUUCAGUCGUGUACUGAAACUGCCCUUCUAGAUCAUUUCAGAGUGAUCAGCCUCUGUCUAGAACAGUAUACAAUCUGCUCUGCUCAAUCCUUUGGAAUUUGCUUCUUCAGGCAAUUAUCUCAAUUGUGGUUCAUCUUUUUUAUUUUCAUUGAUACCAUUGUUCCAUAUUUCUUUUGAUAGAUUUGAAUGUUGGGUUUCAGGUUUUUAGUUAUAUGUGCAAUGGAAAAUGGCUUAGAGUCUUGCAUGAAUUAUCUUUUGUUGUUGUUGCUUAAAUGCUGUUGUUUAAGUCCUCAUUAUUUUCUUCCUUUGCUUCAUGCACAAACCUGCUGAAAUGGAAAUCUAACCAUGUGGCCCUUUUUUUUCCUUCAGCCCAUUCUUUGAGCAUCAAAGCAAAUGCAUACAUCUAUUUAAUCACAGCAUUUUCAGAGGAAUGUCUAGGAAUCAUGGAGCAGGAAAUAUUAGGCAAUCUUUUAAAAACUGGUAUGCAUGUACUGUACAUAUUCUUUUAAAUGGGAGACUAAUAUUUUGCUAACAUUCCAGUAGUUCAUUAGCUCAUGCUCGUAGUGGUAGCUAGAACUGUUCAUGGUAAGUGUAUAGCAUUGUGAGGAAAGACCACAAAAAAGCCAUUUUAAAAAACCAAUAUUGUGCUAUUGGUUAAAUCAUAUGGCAUACUUAUGUAAGGUUGUCUGGCGUGCACUUUGUAGUACCAUGUCAGAAACAUAUCAGGUUAUGAAAACUGUUGUGAGGAUUCAGAAGUUCAAGUCAGUAGCGCUUAUAUCCUCAUUCCAGAUCUCCUUUUAGCCACUGCUUCUGUCAAACUGUACAUGUAUAUCAAAGAAUUUUGCAAAAACCGUGCUACUGUGCAAUGAAGCCUCCUUUCCAGGUAAAGUAUCCAAUUGACCAUUUAUUUUUUAGUUGGCUGAAAAAUGAAUGUUUGAAAUGUCUUUUUAUUUUUCCUGGACUCUAUUGUACAAAAAUGCAUCAGGGUACUUAGUGGUAGAGGAUCUAUACUAUGUAAUAAA